CUCGCCCAAGAUUCUGCGAAGCCUCAGGUUCACCUCUGGUCAUCGAGUUUCAUCAGGAAAAAGGAAUCCCCUUUGCUUUCUGUCGAUGUGCAUUCAGCCAAGGAUCACAGAGUACUUGAACUCUCGCUUAGCUGUGGCUUCGGCCAUCUUCCGGGCCCAGGGCUAAGCGCUUUUCCCAGUUCUGUGCAAAGACUGGAGCUUUCGGCCCGCACGGCCAACCGGCGGUUCCAUCGCGGCCUUUGUGACUGGCCAACUUCGGCCCGAUUUGUGGGAUUCGCCCUGUGUUUCGACGGCCGCUGCUUACCGGCAAAGUCUUCCCCAUGGUAGAGCACUUAACCUGCCCCUGCGGCAGAGCUUUUCGGGCCCCGAGCCCUCCAUGACGCGGAUAAGAGAGCGAUGGCUGGGGAGAACACUCCCCCGGACGAGAUCCCCUCGUCUGGAUUGAGUAAUGACUCUGCGGUGAGCUGCUUACGGUUGACGUGUGAGCUGCUCAGCGUAUCGCAGGCUGGCGAUUCCUCAGGAUGCCCCGGAUGUCCUGCUGGCGAACCCCAAGGAAUUGUGGAGAGGGCUGGAGUAGCAAAACCCCGAAGUUUCUGCGGAUGCAUGCUUUUUAGAAGCUCCUCCCACUCUUGAAAAAUCUCUUUCCACGACUUUACACCUUUCUCUCUCGCACCGUGUCUGUAUACUCGCAGUCAUGGGUCUCCUCACACUCGUCGAAGACCGGCCCACGCCAAAGGCCGUUUACAACUGGCGAAUCUACGUCCUGGCCCUUAUCGCAUCAUGUGGUUCCAACAUGAUCGGAUAUACCUCUGCCUUUAUCGGUACGACCAUUACUUUGUCCUCGUUUGAAAGCGAAUUCGGCCUUGAUGAAAUGUCAACGGAUCAUGUCGAUCUCAUCAGCGAGAACAUCGUGUCGCUUUUCAUCGCCGGCGCCUUCUUCGGAGCAAUUUUCACAUAUGCACUUGGUCAUUUCUGGGGGCGCAAAUGGAGCUUGGUCAUUGCCUCUGCUGUCUUUACCCUUGGAGCUGGCCUCCAGUGCGGGUCAAAGGGCUCAAGUGGCCUUGGUAUCAUGUAUGCAGGUCGUGUUCUGUCUGGUCUAGGGACCGGUGUGGCAUCGAACAUCAUCCCCAUCUACAUUUCCGAACUCGCGCCUCCUGCCAUUCGAGGACGCUUGGUCGGUCUUUAUGAAUUGGGCUGGCAAGUUGGUGGACUCGUCGGGUUCUGGAUCAACUACGGAGUCGAAAUGCACAUGGCACCUACGCACCAACAAUGGAUCAUUCCCUUUGCUGUCCAGAUCAUCCCUGCCGGACUCCUUUUCGUGGGAGCCCUGUGGAUCAAAGAGUCGCCUCGCUGGCUCUUCCUGAAGGGCCGACGGACCAAGGCCAUGCAGAACCUCACAUGGAUCCGUCAGCUCGAUGAGACGGACAUCUACAUUACCGAAGAGGUCGCCGCUAUCGACCAGGCAUUGGAAGAACAAAUCGCUACUGUCGGCAUUGGUUUCUGGAAGCCGUUCAAGGCUGUUUCCGCACGCCCAGCGAUCAUGUACCGAUUGUUCCUCGGCUGCAUGCUCUUCUUCUGGCAAAACGGAUCUGGCAUUAACGCCAUCAACUACUAUAGUCCGACCAUCUUCACCAGCAUUGGUGUGUCUGAUUCGGACGUCGGCUGGAUGACUGGUAUUUUCGGCGUCAUCAAGGCUGUCAUGACCUUCGUGUGGCUCCUGUUCCUCGUUGAUCAGCUCGGUCGACGAAACUUGCUGCUAGGCGGUGCAGUCACCGGUUCUAUUUGCAUGUGGGUGAUUGGAGCUUACAUCUGCGUUGUUCGCCCGGAGGAUAAUCCGACCGACAAGUUGAACGGGGGUGGCAUUGCUGCAAUCUUCUUUUUCUACCUGUGGACUGUGAGUAUACGUCCCUUCUUCCUGUGGAAGUUUGCACUAACAUGAGCAGGCUGUCUAUACUCCUACCUGGAACGGAACUCCUUGGGUCAUCAACUCGGAAUUCUUUGACCCCAACAUCCGCUCCCUCGCCCAAGCCGCCACAACAGCCAGCAACUGGCUCUUCAACUUCCUCGUCUCGCGCUUCACAAAGCAAAUGUUCGCGACCAUGCACUACGGCGUUUACUUCUUCUUCGCCGCCCUCUCCUUCCUCGCCUUCUUCUUCGCGUUCUUCCUCAUCCCCGAGACUAGCGGUAUCCCUCUCGAAGCAGUUGACAGACUCUUUGAGAUCAAGCCCAUUUGGAAGGCACAUUCUAAGUUGAAGGCACAGCUCAAGGAGGAUGAAGAGCAGUUCCGCUUUGAGAUUAAGGAGGGGGUCUUUGGGAAGGAUAACGAGACACCUGGGCAGGUGCAUGUGGAGAAUCCCUCGCCCGAUUUGCCGGCACAGGAGCGGGAUGCCGCUGAGGUUUAGAUUUUUAUGAUGAAGAGAUUAGAUAUAGACUAGACUUGAUAGAUAUGGGAACUUGGACGUGAAUGGACAUUAAUGAUAGCACAACCUUUCCGACU